AACGUGGCGUCCAACGAGAGCAACAGCAGCGCCGCGGGCAGUGGCGCGGAGUCGGCGGCCCUGUUCUCCAAAUUGCGUAGCUUCUCGAUUGGCAGCGGGCCAAAUUCGCCGCAGCGCGUUGUCUCCAAUUUGCGCGGCUUUCUCACCCACCGCCUCAGCAAUAUUACACCUGGCACCGAUACAGGAUGGAGAGACUCGAUAUUGUCCAUACCCAAGAAGUGGCUCUCCUCGGCCGAGUCUGUGGACGAAUUUGGAUUCCCUGAUACCCUGCCAAAGGUACCUGUCCCACCGCUAGAACAGACCAUGGCCGACUAUCUGCUCGCCCUGGAGCCCAUCACAACGCCGGCGCAGCUGGAACGGACUAAGGGAAUCAUCAAGCAAUUCCUGUCGCCGCAGGGUCUGGGACCCCGACUGCAUCAGUACCUGCUGGACAAGCGCGAGGCCGAGGAUAAUUGGGCCUACUAUUACUGGCUGAACGACAUGUACAUGAAUGUGCGGAUCCCGUUGCCGAUUAACUCGAAUCCCGGCAUGGUCUUUCCGCCGCGUCGCUUCCGGACCGUGCACGAUGUGGCCCACUUUGCCGCCCGGCUGCUGGACGGGCUGGUCGCCCACAAGUUGAUGCUGGACAGCGGUCAGCUGCCGCUGGAGCGUGCCGCCUCCCGUGAAAAGAAUCAACCGCUGUGCAUGGCCCAGUAUUAUCGCCUGCUCGGCUCGUGCCGACGUCCCGGCGUGGAGCGCGACUCGCAGUAUUUGCCCGGGCGGGAGCAGCCCGGCGACGCGGAUCGUCACGUGGUGGUCAUCUGUCGCAAUCAGAUGUACUGCGUCGUGCUGCAGGCCAGCGACCGGGGCAAGCUCUCGGAGAGCGAGAUCGCCUCCCAGAUCCUUUACGUGCUCAGCGAUGCGCCCUGCCUGCCCGCCAAGCCGUCGCCCAUCGGCCUGCUGACCGCCGAGCCGCGCUCCCAGUGGGCCCGGGAUCGUGAGGCUCUCCAGUCGGACGAGCGCAAUCAACGCAAUCUGGAGCUGAUCGAGACGGCGCUCGUUGUGCUCUGCCUGGACGAACCGCUGGGCCGGAACUUUAAUGCACGCGGCUUUACGGGCGCCACGCCCAGCAUGCACAUGGCCGGGGAUCGGGACGAGACGAACAUGGCACACGAAAUGAUCCACGGUGGCGGCAGCGAGUUCAAUUCCGCCAAUCGCUGGUUCGACAAGACCAUGCAGCUCAUCAUCUGCACGGACGGCAGCUGGGGCCUGUGCUACGAGCACUCCACCUCGGAGGGCAUCGCCGUGGUGCAGCUGCUGGAGAAGAUCUACAAGUCGAUUGUCGAGCAGCCGUUCGAUGACAACGGCCUGCCGCAGCAUCAUUUGCCGCCGCCGGAGCGGCUCGAAUGGCAUGUGCCCGGCCAGGUGCAGCAGCGCUUUCCGCAGGCGGCCAUCAGCGUGGACAAGGCCAUCGACAAUCUGGACUUCUAUGUCUAUCGCUACAAGGGCUACGGCAAGAACUUUGUCAAGGCCUGCCAGGUCAGCCCGGAUGUCUACAUACAGCUCGCACUCCAGCUGGCCCACUACAAACUUUACGGCCACCUCGUGGCUACCUACGAGAGUGCUUCCACCAGGCGUUUUCUGCACGGCCGCGUGGACUGCAUACGUGCCGCCAGCACGGAGGCUCUGGAAUGGGCCAAGGCCAUGUGUCAGGGCGAAGGCGCCAAUGUGCCGCUGGAGAGCGAUCGCGAGGACGACGAGGAGGAUGCACGCAAAGUCACAUUUAGCAUUUAUAGCAAGGAGCACUUGCGGGAGCUCUUCCGCUGCGCCGUCGCCCGCCAGACGGAGGUGAUGGUCAGGAAUAUUUUGGGCAAUGGCAUCGAUAUACCGCUGUUGGGAUUGCGCGAGGCCUCCGUGGAGGUGACCGGCGAGCUGCACGAGCUCUUCACCGACGAGUCCUACAAGAUAUCGCAAUGCUUUCUGCUCUCCACGAGUCAGGUCGCCUGCAGCACGGACAGCUUCAUGGGCUACGGUCCGGUGACACCGCGUGGCUAUGGCUGCUCCUAUAAUCCGCAGCCCGAGCAGAUUGUCUUCUGCGUGUCGGCCUUCUACGCCUGCGAGGACACGAGCGCCUCGCGCUAUGCCAAAUCGCUGCAGGACUCGCUCGACAUAAUGCGCGACCUGCUCCAGAACUAGAAAAGGAAAAGGAAGCGAAAAGAAACACAACAAAGCAAACAUAUCAGUAAAUGUACCUUAGCAACAAUUUGUCCAUACAAAUCCGAAAGGAUAUCCCUAACUAUAAAACUAAACGAGAAGAAAACGAAGACCGUGAAAGGAGCAGCAAAUUAUAUAGGAAAGGAUCUCCUUAACCAUAGUACUAAACGACAAGAAAAGGAAAGCCUUGAAAGAAAGAGAAAAUUAUAUAGACAGGAAAUGGAAAGCAGAAGGAAGUAGCAAAUUAUAUAGAGAAGAAAGGGAAAAGCAGAAGGAAGUAGCAAAUUAUAUAGACAGGAAAAGGAAAGAAAGAAGGAGAAAAUUAUAUAAAGUCUUCGGUUAGCCGAAUAAUAAAUACCCUUGCAGACAAGAAUUGCGAUCUAUUGUUAUAAGAACUACGGGCUAGAUAGAAUAGAUCUUUGAGAUUUUAAUUUUCUUUUUUUCGUUCUAUCUUUUCUCUUAAUUUUGUUUUUUAACCAAUUCCGAGAUUUUAUUGUCGUGCCAUGAUCUGGGAUAAAACACACUGAUCUAUUAUAAUAUUAAUCCUUGAGCCUGUUAUUCAACUUUUUAUAUAUAUUAUUUUGCUCUUUCUUGAGAGUUACUUAUAAAAUCAAUAGUUCUCAUUUGUCUAGAACUCUAUAUGCAUGAAUCUCUGUUAAGUUAAGGAUGAACUUUAAAAUCUGGGCGACUGCAAAGAUCCUCCCCAAUAUUAUAUAUGAAUUAUAAGAUCGUAUAUUUCUGAUUUAUGACUAAACAAUU